AGUGCACCUGCCGUCGUCCAUCUCCCUCCUCUUCUCACCCACACCUCGAAAAACUACUUACCCUUGAUCCUGAACCCCAAACCCUGUCCCUCUGUUGUUAACCAAGAGAACGAAUGAAAUAGACCAACGAAAUCGACCGUCGAAUCAACCAGACAGCCUACAGAUCCAACAGCAUGAUCCUCUUCUUGACAAAUCGUGCCCUGAAGAAUGAACCUGGAUGGAACAGCAGCCCUUCUGAGUGGAUCAUAACGUCUUCGUGCACGUGUACACAACAAUCACGACCGUGUCAGAUUGUCCACUUGAUCCUAAGCCCAAAAUCUCUGUAGUCCUGUUUCUGUUUUCGAAAUUCUGUCUCCCCUGUUCCUAUUGGAGUUGGAGGCUCGUGUUUAAACGAGCCGGCAUUUCACCUUUUCUUAUUUUCUGUUCGUUAUGUUGUGAAUUUCAACCUCCUUGUAGCCCACUUGCCUGCAACCUAACCUAUAACCUAACCCCCCUUCCUUUCGUCGUCCAUCGGCACCGACAACGAUGAUGGUGAUGGUGAUGAUGAUGAUGAUGAUGAUGUUACGACGACGACGACGCGACGUUUAUUAUAAUGAUAAUUAACUGUGUUUUAAUCUAGUUCGACUGUCUCUCUCGUUUUUUUGUCACGUUUAACUUCCCGUUUCUGUUUCUUCUUUUCGUUUUCUGAGUCUCUUUUACGUUUCGUUCCGUUGUCUUUCUUAUAAUUGUUUCUCUUCCUUAAUUUUCUUUGUCCGUGCCGGAUCGAAUACUUUUCUCUUCGAUCGUGUAUAUGCAUAUAUAUACACACGCACGUCACGCGAAUAUAUACAUAUGUAUAUACUUGUUCUUCCUUUUAUUUUAUUUUUUCUUUAAUGCGAUUACAUUACAUAUUACGCUAGUUUAUAGAAUCAUUUGUACCAUCUGUAAUAAGUGCCAUUAAAAGACGAAAAAAGGGAAAGAAAAAAAAAACAGAAGGUUCCUGGUGUUCUUCAUUGACACUGUACUGCUUCGCGAAUUACGAACGCAUUUACGGUUGGACAAAAAUGUUCUUGCCAUUCUUUCUAACAAACAUACUGGAUCAGUUUCUCGAUAGUAAAAUUACUAUGGUACAGAUGAGGAAGAUUUUGGUUGACGGGUUCGUUGUGUCGAAAACAUUUUUGACCCACUGUACAUGCAUACACAACCUGCUUCGAUAUGUACACGGGUGCACGAAGAUAUUCGAACAAUUCUAAUCCUUUAUCCAAAAGAUGUACCUCCAUCUUACCUGUAACACAUAUUUUACAACUAUCCUCUUUUGAGGUUAGGUUUGCUCGAGGGCUUAUGGUGGUGUUCCCAUUUGGGUAGAUUAUCCUUAACUAAUUCUUACAAUUAAGAAUUAAUUUAAAAACUUUUUAGAAGUGUAAAAGUACUCAGGAUCAUAUUAGAAUCAAAGAUGGCCUCAGAUUCCUAACCUAACUGCCUACCUGCCUCGAACAAAUUUAACUAUUAAAAUCAAAUAUUUUUGUUGUGUCAUUUUUGGUUCGACUACACAAGCUGUGGUUCGAACACUUCCUAUGCACCGGUGUACAUACAUGUAGAUACGUAUGUAUAUAUAUUUAUAUCUAUAACCCAAAAAAAGAAGAAAAAAAUAGAAAACAGAGAAUAAUAGAAAAAAGUGCACGAAAUUUCGGCCUGGCGUCGCAAAACAGAGGAAAAGGAGAGCGUACCAAGCGCAAGGUUCAUGGAUGAACCUGCCAGGCCGUCCGUUAACCUGCACCCAGUUUCCCCGAAACCCUGGACCCCUUUCGUAAAGAAAGAAAGCACGUCAAAUCGAAAAAAAAAAAGAAAAGAAUAUUAUAUGUACACCUUAAACUACCCCCGCCAGCCCCGUCGAGUGCGAGCCAACCGGAGGCCCAUUGAACAAUAUAUGUUGUCACUUUAUCACGAGCCUGCGCGCACCCCUCGUGAUAAAGGGAACUAUCGAGUAACAAAAUCAAAAUGGGAAUUAUCGAGAGGAUCGAACGCUGUUCUGGAAUCACGAGCGAUCGCUAAGGCGCCGGAAGGAGAGGGCUGCCCUCGAUGCGGAGGAUACGUGUACGCAGCUGAGCAGAUGCUGGCUCGAGGAAGGGCUUACCAUAAGUCAUGCUACAAGUGCAAAGUCUGUCAACGGUCUCUGGACUCGACGCUUCAUUGCGAUGGUCCCGAUCGCGAAAUAUAUUGUCGAGCUUGCUAUCCGAAGAAAUUCGGUCCGCGAGGUAUUGGCCAUGCUGGGGUUAUGUGGAUCGGGCUGCAGUGCGAUAUUGAGGACGAGGGUGAGGCGGCUCCCCGUACCACCGUGAUCGACACCGCCAUAAUCAAGGCUCCCCCAGGCAAGGGUUGUCCACGCUGUGGUGGCGUGGUGUUCGCUGCUGAACAAGUGUUGGCAAAGGGUCGCGAGUGGCACAGGAAGUGCUACAAGUGUCACGACUGCACCAAAACUCUUGACUCCAUCAUCGCCUGCGACGGCCCCGACAAAGAUGUCUACUGCAAGACCUGCUACGGAAAGAAAUGGGGACCGCAUGGAUAUGGAUUCGCAUGCGGAUCAGGCUUCUUACAAACUGAUGGUUUAACGGAGGAAGAAAUCUCAGCCAGCCGACCAUUCUACAAUCCCGACACGACCUCGAUCAAGGCACCAGCUGGACAGGGCUGCCCUCGCUGCGGUGGCAUGGUAUUCGCUGCUGAACAACAGCUUGCCAAAGGCACCAUGUGGCACAAGAAAUGCUUCAAUUGUGCAGAAUGCCACCGACCGUUGGACUCCAUGCUGGCUUGCGAUGGACCUGACAAGGAGAUCCACUGUCGAUCUUGCUAUAGUAAACUUUUUGGACCCAAAGGAUUCGGAUUCGGACACGCUCCGACUCUUGUCUCGACGAAUGGAGAUCAUGCUCCCUCAUACAUCGAUUCAAAGCCUCAAGUUGGUCAGAAGCGGAACGACGGACACGGAUGUGCGCGUUGUGGCUAUCCGGUGUACGCUGCCGAACAGAUGAUCUCGAAGAACCGCGUGUGGCACAAGCGUUGCUUCAGCUGCGCCGAGUGCCAUCGUUCGUUAGACUCGACGAAUCUGAACGACGGCCCGGACGGGGACAUCUACUGUCGCGGUUGUUACGGCCGAAAUUUCGGGCCCAAGGGUGUGGGCUUCGGCAUGGGCGCAGGCACCCUGACGAUGGCCUAACUGACCAGACUUGCGAACCAGUCUUAUAUAUAUAUACGAAUUUAAAUAUAAACGCAAAAGUUAAAUUAUAUCCGGAUAGGUAUGCGUGCAAACGAACGGUGACCAUUCGUAUUAACAUGGUCGAUCGUUCGUUCGCGCGUAUCGCCAUAAUUGUAUAUGUAUAUGUAUAUGUAUAGGCGCCUGACUUCCUCGACUAACACCGAGACCAAAAGUGACGAAGAAAAUACGCUGCUCCGUACAUUGGAUAAAAAAUUCGUUUCUCUUUUCGCUAAACGACCGCAACGCGCAACACCGAUCCGAACGCGUGCGCGCCAACGACCGAGACGCAAACCGAUCACGAUCAACGAUCGUGAAGUAAGUGACAAAUCGAUUUUUGUUACUUUUUCUAUGGCGACUAUCCGCGAAACGCAUGUUCCGGACCCCUUAGUCCCCCGGAGACUUACGGAUCGAGAUCUUGGGACGUCUUCAAUUACCACGCGAAGAAAUCGAAGGUGAACUGGAUCCCUAUGUAUCCAGGGGACUAGGGGCACGAGCAACAUACAGUACAAACGGAAAAUUAGUGAUGGGCAACGAAUUUUUAACGAUUCGAUCACUGAUAAAUUUUUUAUCACUUUGAUUCGAUAUUGAAGAUUUUUGAGAAAUUUUAAUAUUCUAAACUAACGAUUUAAAGGUCUUCGAAGUCUUGAUACGAAGGUGUGUUCGUUUUUCUCAAGAUUUCCAAGACUUUUGAAAAAUUUCCAAAAUUUCAUACCCUCGAACGAAACUCGAAGCGAUCAUCGGCCCGUCGCUGCUCGAAACGCGAUCAGGAGCAACGAUGUAACGACAACGAAUAAAAAAGAAACAUAUAGACGAAAAGAAUGCAAUAGAUGCGAAGAACGAUUAUUUUCAAUAAAUGUAUAUUUCGAAAAGGAACGAACGGAAAUUGUGGGCUAUGGGUUGGGCUGGGUUGUGGACCUGUUUGAAAAGGGAAGCGACGAACAUCGUGUCUCGACGGCACUCGACAUUCCAUUUGUCAGAUCGAAGACGCGUCGAAGGAAAAGUCAUCGUUCGGGAAAAUAAUGAUGCAAAUGAUGUGCCUCGCGCGCUCAGCAAUCGCCCGAAGCAUUUACUAUAUAAAAAUAGUUUCAAUAUCGACGGCGCACACACACACACAGUAAGAGAUAACGUGCUCGUUAGGUUCUAACCCUUAAACCGGAAGCUUUCGUAGCGUCGGCGCAAAUAAUAUAACACGUUGCAAUCUUCAAUUUUCUCCGCGAUUAAUCUUUAAGUAGCCGCGCGAACGUUGACGAUGUCAAACGCGCCACGGCGAGUCUUGUGUAAAAUAAAUAUCAUUUCUCGAUUUCUAGAACGCCA